GUUGAUUAACUGCUUCUAUAAACCGCUCGUGCAGGUCUGUCGUCCACUUCAAUCUUGGUUUUGCAUCAGUUGAAAGGACAAGUCCUGAAUCUCCAUGGCCAUUCCCACCUUGCAGGAACAAAUGCCUUUCAGGAGGAACUGACAUUCUUGUGGAAGGCUGCAUACUCCUUCCUUGAUACAUGGUUUCUCUUCAAUGUGACAACUAGCAAAUAAGUGACAUGUUGGAAAAAACUAGUACCUCAUCUGGCUACAUAAAUACUUUUAAAUAUACCUGCAGGCUGCAAGGGAUAUUAGUUUGCUUGUGCAAUCUGUUUUCACCCUUUUAUUCUGAAUAAAGGGGUCUUCUAUACCAUGCAAAGUAUAUUGUGUUUGAUGCUGUACUACAGAAAGCUUCUGCAACACCUGUUAUCUAUUUCUAAUGUCUUUGACAAUUUUUCACAAUACAGAGUUGUGCUCAAUGAGGAUUUAUAAGGAUUUGAGGACACCUAGUGGUAGGGGUCCAUGCAAGGAAUGGAAUCUUGUGCAGGCCUUGUGCAAAUCUUAUGCAGCUACACCCAAUUCAAUCUUCACAGCAGUACAAAAGGAGAUCUUUUCCUUGCAGUUGUGCACAUCUGUGGGCCAUGGUCAUAAAAUAAGACUUUAUAUUGCAUACUAUGGACCCCAACAUAGUUGGAACUUGGAAAAUGCGAUAAAGGUGGUGGUGAAAUGAUGACAAUGGCGAUCAUUUUAGCCUCUGUAUAAGUUGCUUAGGUUUCGGUGGACUCAAAAAUCUAUUGUCUGGUCCAAAAACCCUUGUCACACAUCCUGUUUACAGUAGGUAUUGGAAUGAAGCUCGCAUGUUACAUCGUGCACUGGCUCUUCACUUCCAGGUAUAGUGCAUGGUAAAUAGAUUUGGUGCUAACUUGCUACCACUAUAUUCACUUAAACUUAUGAUAUAUAAGAUGAACUAAGUCAACUAAAAACAUCACUUUCUCUGUCAUAAUCUGCCUCCAAAAUAAUAAAUUUUCAGCUUACAAAAUGUAAUAAGAUUUAAAUGAAGAAUCAAGGUGCUUUUCCGUGGUCUAAGUUGAAAGAUAGGAAUGGAAUAUGAAUUACAUUCCUCAUCACCCAACUGUCUGCAUGGUAGUUACUCGUCCCGGACAGUAAACUUAGGUAAAUUGC